AUGGCUCACCUCUUGUGUCUCCCGACCGAAGUUUUGCUGCAGAUUGUUUCUCUUUUGUCAUCCAAUGCGGAUCUUGCGGCCUUGGCGAUACAAUGCCGGCGACUUUAUUCAAUCACCGAUAUGAAGACCCGCAAGAGAUAUCACCGCAUCCGAGUCACUAACAGUACAAAACACCUCGGGCACGCCUUCGUGCUCCUGGUCGAGAUUCUAAAACAGCCACUUUUGGGUCGUUAUGUGCGUCACAUUGAGUACUUCGAGCCUUUGGCGCGAUGCUACUCCCAAUACAAGCCUAAGAAUUUUCUGAACGAGCUAGACAUGCCGGUAGUCCGAGCGGCAAUUGAACAAGCAGGGUUUCGCAGUGCAGAUGUUAAACGUCUGGUCAAAGUGUUUACCCAGAUCUUCCGAGUUGUCGAAAGAGUGGAGAAAGAGGGGCAUCAACCAGGCCGACUCUUUGAGGUGGACGAGCCCUUCCUCGCGCAGACACUGACAGCACUUCUCAUAUCAGUGUCACCGGAUGUAGUGUCCAUGGCUCUCACCCAGCCGUAUCCCACCGCGGAUGCGAUGCACUGGUACGACGACGCCCUUGAGACCGAACCUGCUACACUCCCUUUGUAUUGGUUCCUGUAUCAGAUUAAUAACAACGACGAUUUCCCGGCCCCCGGAAGACCGAAACUCUUGACGAAACUUCGCAAUGUGUAUAUGAUCAACGAGAGAGAGGAAGUAUAUUGGUACGAGGAUCGGUUCUAUUAUCCUAUGGACUUGUUUGGUUUUAUGACCCUCUUUCACCGCCUGCCGUCCAUCGAAUCAAUCUGUACAGACGCACUGGAAGCUGACGUGGAUGGGAGACGCGGGUUCCCUUUUGCCUCAUCGCAUAUCUCCCGCAUCCAUAUACAUCACUCGUUGAUUGGAGACCUGGACCUGGCAAGACUUAUAUGCUCUUGCAAGCAACUGCGGGAAUUUCGCUACUCCAUCGGGGGCAGAGCGACCGGUCGGGAUCCUAUCGCGACAUUGAACGACUAUCGUACCAUUUGCCAGGCCCUAUUGAUUCACCGAGCUACAUUAGAGAUUCUUGACUUGAAUGCCGCAGAACAGGAUUCUCAAUGGUCGGCUGUAGUAGAAGACGACGUGGAUGAGAAUCUGGAAGAACGGAGGGACCAGGAGCCCUUCUUUUGGGGAGAUGAGGAUUUAUCCGAUAGCGAGGACAAUGUGGCCGUGCCGGCCUGGAUAUGGGAGCAGUCUGGCUCGUUGAAGGACUUCUCGGCCCUGAAGCUCUUGGCUGUGGAUAUCAAUUUCUUGUUGUACAUGGCAAGAGGGGUGAACUCCGCGAGAGAUAAGGGAUGCGAGCUCGCCGGCCGCUUGCCGCCCAGCCUGGAGUCUCUGCUCAUUAGAGGUUAUGAGAGUGGGCGGAAUAAGAAUCACGAUAAUCAAGUGGCUUCUCUGAGAGCUUUGAAGAGCGAUCAAGUCUCUACUACAUUGAGAGACAUCCAGGGAGUGGAUCAAACAAUAACGCCGGCGAUGCAUGUUGAGGAUCCUGAUAGGGAUAGACAUCUUCUUUGGUUUAGAGAGGAAGAGGAGUGGUCAGAAGAGGACGAGGACAUCGAAGUGUCCGAGUGA